AAGUAUUCAGUGUAUAGAGAUGGUCAUUAGUUUAGGAACCUUGAAGACAUAGAUAUUUGAUAUUUUUCAGUAUGCAUGCUCUACAUAUAUCUGUUGUGCUCCAGUGCAUACAUGUGGCAUGGUGUCAGUCCUGUAUAUAUACGUACACUGACUAUGUUUGCAAGGAGAUACCGAGAGACUAUCCUGCUGGCUUGACCUCUGUGAUCCUCUUUGUGAGUUCUUUAGGAGAAAUCAACUUGUCCAUGUUUAACAGCACAAAUCUGACCUCUGUGACCAGUCUAACUAUGACACAAACUGGGGUCACAGCAGUGAGCCCACAAACAUUUGAUAAGUUCCAAAACCUCAAAACUCUCAUUCUGGACAAUAAUGAUCUUUCCCAAGUUUCGUCAGACUGGUUCAGCCCUCAUGGUGCCCUUGAGACCCUCAGGUUGUCAAAUAAUAAAAUAACUACAUUAGAUCAUAAUUCUUUUUCUGGACUAUCAAACCUGCUCACUCUUAACAUGUCUCAGAACCACAUUAACGCAAUAACCCCGAGCAGUUUUUUCAGUCUCAGUAAACUUAGGCAGUUAGACCUGUCCAACAAUAACCUGAGGCAUCUGAGUGUGGAUGUGUUUAGUUUGUUUAAUGCCACGAAGAUUCAUUUGGAUGGAAACCCCUGGGACUGCUCCUGCUCUGUAAAGGACUUUGCAAAAUAUCUGAGAGGUCUGCAGAAUGCCUCUCUGCUGGAGAAUGCAAUUCAGGUACGCUGCAGUGUCCCUCCUGAGUUGAGAGGUUUGCCAGUGUGGCAAGUACAAGAGUGUAAAAUCCUAACAACCACGAGCCCUACCACUGCAAGCCCAACUACCAAGACCCCUGCCACAGAGAGCCGUCCAACUAAGAGCCCUGGCACUGUGAGUUCUGCCACCGAAGGUCAUGGCAGUAUAAUGAAAACCAAACCUAUUCAACUCCCCACUUUAAUCAUUUUAAUUGUGGUACUGUGUGCCCUGGUACUUGUCAUUUGUGUCCUUUCAGUACUGUAUCAUAGGAAACGAGAGAGAAGACAUCUACAGACUGUAAAACCUUCUCUGGAGAUGACAGAGGGCAUGAGGACCAGGGAAAUGAUGGAAAAGAACAACAGAGAAGAAAACAGAAAAGGAAAAUCUGAAAUCCCUGUUAAAACAAAGGUGUUACUGAAGACAGGCCAGACAUUGGUUGGAGAAGAGAAGAUAUCGCAGAUCUACCAUAUUUAUUCUUCAGGAAUAUAUCAAAGCAGAGAACCAAUUCAACGGGUCAGGUCAGCAGGACCAGUUCUCUGCAGGACAGGUUUAUUUGCUAAACAGAUGGAAACAGAAGUGUAUGUUGAAGCUGUGAGCAAUGAUGAGUAUUACAAUGGAUGCAUGACAUCAGAUAAACUUAAGGAAAAUAAGAAUGCAAAUACUGAGGAAGUGUGCAAGGAAAUGGUGCUCCAUGAGGAUGGAGAAAAGAGAGCAGUAGAGGAGAUUGAGGAGAAUGAUAGAAUAAAUGAUGAAUUGAGUAACUCCACAGACACACAGGAGUUGUGGGAAGAUGGGCUCACAAAUAAAAAUGAAGGGACUGAUGAGAGUGCUGAAGCUGGAACAAGCAUAACCCAAGAAGUUCCUCAACGAGGUGUGGAGAAUGACAUGUCUACCUUUGGGGAACACUUCAAUGAUGAUAUGGCUACUGGUGCAGGAAGAAGUCAAGCUGUUUUGCAGGCAAAAUAUGACAUUUCCCUGUCUGUGGAGGGUGCUGAGAACUUGCCUUACCUCACCAUCGGUGCUGACCCCGAAAACCAGACAUCUGUGGUGGAACAGAGCAGUGCUGAAGUUAGAACCAAAUCUGGACUUUUAAGGCCCAUUCGACGUGUACUGACCUGGCCUCCAACUGCGGUCCAAUGGAAGAAGCAAUGGGCUCAAAAUCAACAAACUGUCGCUAUCUUCCCCCAAGUAAUAUUUGUCACUGAAUGCAGGCAUGCCAUCAGAUCAUUUCAGCCCAAUAAUUCUCCUACAACCUUCCCAACAGGUCCACAGUUCAUUGCAUUUGAGUCUUUGCCAGAAAACUCAUCCCCUAGAGACGAUGUCAGAGUUGCUAUUGAUGAGGAAUCUUACAGAGCAGGUCUUGAGUCAUCCCUUCGUAAAAAAGUUCUGGAUUUCAGUGCACAAGAAUCCUCGUCUGAUAAUAUAUCACCAAGGGAGAAUGCUAGACUUCUUACGAAUGGGGAAAUGUGGAGAUUGGGCCAUGAGUCGACCAUCAUGUCUGACUUUCAAGAGUUUUCUACCAAGAACUCACCUAUUGACAAAAGUGAGGUCUGCUCGAAAUUGUUCAGUGUUAAUCAUUCAUCAUCUGGUGGAAGCAAGUCAAGAGCUGAUGUUAGCAAGGAGAUAAACAGAAAAGAUAAUGUGGGGAAAAUGCAAAGCAUGAAAAAAACAAGACAGCAAGUUCACAAAAGUAAGCAAAUUGCAUCAGAAUUGCAAAAGGAGUCCAGGAGAGCGGAGAAGGCAGCAAAGAGAGUUCCUAAGGAUGGGCAACAGGGUCAGGUGUUUAAUGACUCAGACUCAAGAGGUCCCCCUUCUGGAGGUUCUCCAAACGAUGACAGUCUGUUGCUGGGGAAUGAAUACACUUACAUAGACCUUCUACAUGAGGUGGUGGAGAAUCAUGGACGCUGGACCCGAGGGAGGUGGAAACAAACACAAAUAAAUAAGCACAAACUCAAACAACAAGGACGUCCUUAGGUGGUAGUAGCAAUAGGUUAACAAAAAAAGAGAUGUGGGUUUUUUUCCCAAUUUAAUUUGACAUAUAGUCUUUUCUCAAUCAGUUUUCAGAUCUGUUGGCAAAAAACAUUAAAUAAUGAAACAUAUUAUUGAAUUAUUUGAUUUGGUAUGUAGGUACCAAACCUAAGGUAUGGCAUGAGCAGGGUUUCUUCUAAAUAAAGCUGUUGCAUUUUUGUUUCAGUAAAACUUUCAAAUGAAAUUAUGAUACCUCACAUGGUAGUUUCAUUUAGAUUUUUAGGAAGGUGGUAUGAUUAACCAGUACCUAUUAAGCAACAGUUUCCAUAUUUUGAACAAGAAACAUUCUAGCAUGUUCUUAAUUAUAGCUACAAUGCCCAUAAUAAACCCAUGACCUGUAACUUUAAUGCUAAGAUUAAUUCAUUGCAUUGUUUGAUCUCCACUUGCAAACCCCCAAAAGUGGGUGCACACCCUUCAGAUGUCAUUGAACUAGACUGUAAAGAAACAUACAAAGAAUUAUAAUUCAUAUUAUAAAAUUAUUCUACAUACAGGUAAAUACUGGUAAUAUUAUAUUAGCAAUAUUUGUAACCUAAGCUAUGUACUUAUAAGUAACUAACUUCAGUAACUGUAAUCGGAUUACAAUAAUUUAAAAUGUAAUGCCUUAUACUAUUUUUUUUUACUUUAAAAGUAAUGACAUAAAAUGAAUUUAUUAAUUUGUAAUCAGAUUACACCCAACACU